AGUGGCAAUUGCUAUGGCAAAGAGGAAACCAAAAAAGUUUAAAGACGCAUCUUCAGUCGUAGGGGCGAAGGCAAGACAGAACGGCAUGACACAGCCAGGGAAAUAUGACAUGUUUGCCAUUGCUGCCGUUGCUUUGGUUGUCGCCGUUUGCGUUGUACCACUGACAGCUGAAAUAUCUACCUCUGGCUUCCCCCAUCACAAGCACAUAGUCCUGAGGAUGGAUGAGGCAGUUCUGACAGUCAACAAUGAGCUGGACACUGAGGUGGUGGUGUCCUGGAUGUCAGAGCACUGCUACCAGUGUUUGUACCAGCAGUUAGGGGUGGUACCUGAAGGGUCCAGGCCUGGUCAGCCCACUUCAGUAAACUUCGUUGUGAGCACACAGCAUGAAAUUACACUGCAGCUCAACAGCACCCCGGUCAACCUGGAGCUCUGCACGGUUCCAUUUCACUUUGGGGAGCACGGGAACUACUCUCUGUGGGUGAAAAACCUGAACGACUCCUCAGUGGUCAACUGCUCCCUAGUGACCCAUGCAGACCCCGUCAACAGCUACAUACCGAUCCUGGUAGCUUUUCUUAUCUUUGCCGGACUGGCCGUGGUGUUUGCCAUUGGAAAAACAAUAUUAGGGCUUGAUGCAGUGAAGGCUGCCCUCUUCCGAAUUGGCAGCUCCAUGGAGACAGAGAGGCUCAUCAAUUCUGAACUGGGCUCCCCUGGCAGGACAGUAACACUCACUGACAACAUCCUCCCUCCGCCACCCAACCCCAGCAAGAGGCUGCGAUCUCUGGACACAUUCAGAGGUAUCUCCUUGGUCAUAAUGGUGUUUGUGAACUACGGAGGGGGGCGGUACUGGUUCUUUAGACACGAAAGCUGGAAUGGCCUUACUGUUGCAGAUCUAGUGUUCCCCUGGUUUGUGUUCAUAAUGGGGACAUCCAUUGCCCUGUCAAUCAACUCGCUGCUCCGUGCAGGCUCCACCCGCUGCUCACUGUUGAGGAAAAUUGUGUGGAGGAGCCUGCAGCUCUUUGUCAUCGGUGUCUUCAUCAUCAACCCGAACUACUGCCAGGGACCAUUGUCUUGGGACAACCUGCGGAUCCCGGGUGUAUUGCAGCGCCUGGCCUGGUCAUACCUAGUUGUAGCCUGCCUGGAUCUGUUGGUGGCGAGAGGUCACGUUGACAUCCUUACAACGGAUACUUGGUGGUCUCCUGGUCUUGACAUCUUGCUGUACUGGCCGGCCUGGCUGUGCGUGCUUCUCUUAGAGAUCAUGUGGCUCUGCCUCACGUUCCUACUUCCUGUACCAGAUUGCCCAACGGGCUACCUGGGUCCAGGUGGGAUCGGGGACAUGGGCCUGUAUGCUAACUGCACCGGUGGAGCGGCCGGUUUCCUUGACCGAUGGCUGCUUGGAGAAAACCACAUCUACCAGACUCCCUCGUCACGGGUGAUUUAUGCAACUCGUGUUCCAUUUGAUCCAGAAGGUGUUCUUGGCAGCAUCAACUCUAUCCUUAUGACUUUUCUUGGAUUGCAGGCUGGAAAAAUAAUCUUACACUACAGAGAUCUUCACAGAAGUAUAAUGUCAAGGUUUCUUAUAUGGGGCCUCUUGUUGGGAGUCAUAUCAGCAGUUCUGACCAAGUGUUCCAAAGACCAGGGCUUCAUUCCUGUCAACAAGAACCUCUGGUCUCUGUCCUAUGUGACAACACUGGCCUGCUUUGCAUAUGUGCUGCUAGUGCUGGUCUACUACACAGUGGAUGUGAAGAAGUGGUGGUCUGGGGCGCCUUUCUACUACCCUGGUAUGAACUCCAUCCUGGUGUACGUGGGCCAUGAAGUGUUUGAGGAGUACUUCCCCUUCCGUUGGCGAAUGGCCAACAACCAGUCCCAUGCUGAGCACCUCACCCAGAACCUUGUGGCUACUUCCUGUUGGGUCUUCAUCUCCUACUUGCUCUACAGAAAGAAGAUUUUCUGGAAAAUUUAGAAGCGGAGCUGGACAAAAAUACCAGAGGACAUUGUUUACAUCAGAAAUGCUGGAGUUUUGGAGAGCAGAAAAGAAAACCAUUUGGAAAGCGGGAAACAGGAGACUGAUUAUUUUGUCAAAACUAUGGUGUCUCUAAACAUUUGUUGGCUUCUUAUUUCAAACAGCACCUCAUUUUUGUCUCACAGUGUUUUCAUUUUUUAGUCACUGCUCUAUCGGACCAUAAACGUUUUAAGUCUUUUCCCAAAGAUCUUCAGAUAUAAAGCAGCUGAUCCCUGCCAAAUAUCUUAACUGACUCAGGAACUCAUCCAAAAAUAGUUAGAGAAUUUGCGAACUAUGAAGACACGUUUAUUUGUUGUUUGACCAUGUGUUAUAGAUGCCGGUUUUCAUUCCUCAUCUUGUAUCACAGACAACAGCAGCAGGGUGGCAGUAGUGGUUUAACGAGCCCCUGUUGACUUCCCCUUCGAAGAAACCCUGCUGCCAUCUUAAGCACUGUUGCAUUACUCUGAAAACUGAAGUGGGUUUUUGUGAGACUGACUCUUCAAGAGCAGAAGGAGGCAGUAAGCAAUGUCAACUAAAGAGAAAAGGCUGUCAAGAAUGUAGUGAGCUUUCAUCAUAUCCACUGCGCAGUGGAAUAUGGGAGUGGUAUUAAAACGAGGAGAGACAGUAUGUCGAGGUUUUAAAAUAUGAAAGUUAAACCUCUGAAAUAUAUCUGUCCUUAGUUGUGUGUGUAUGUAUGUAUCUGUGUGUGUGUGUGUGUGUUUAGACUUCAUGAUCUUUUAUUAGUGUUUCCCAUUUGCAGUCCUCUGCAUGAGUUGCCGCUCACAUUUAGUUAAAUGUGCCCCAAAUUUAUAGAAAACUCUUCUACUGUAUGUUGCCCAUGUACAGUAGGUUAAUUGGGGGAUUUGAAAAUAUAUAUUUGAUGAUGUCUUAAAUCAUCAUAAAACUAUGUUGCCGUUCUCCCACCAUAAGUGUGCCCCCUUCUAUGACUGAAAGUUAAUCUAAAUAUUAUUUUAAACACAUUUUGCAAGAUUAUGUGUUCAGUUUGUAGAAUAUCUGAAUGCUGUGAGAGACUUUGGAGUAAUUGUUUAUCUAGUACUGUCUAAAUUGAUUGAAUUCAUUUAGUCAAACUUUUUUACAAUUAUUUUUUAUAUUCACCAUUUGAAAAAAAAUGUAAUAAAAUU